AUAAUGGAUAAUUAAAAGAAAUGCCUCUUUGAAAAAUUUGGAGGAGAUCAAUAAGUAUCAGAGCUUAUAGAUCAAUUCUAUUACAAAGUACUCUUUGAUAAACUUCUACGUGAUAAAUUUUUAAAGGCAGACAUGAGUAGAGUAAGGUAUCAAUAAAAGCGAUUCUUCUCAUAAAUGAUGGGUGACAAAAAUACUUAAUAUACAGGCAGGUACCUUUAGUUAUUUAACAAUCUUAGAGACUUAAUUGAAGUCCACAAAAAUCUGAAUAUCACAAACUAAUAAUUCGAUAAGUUUAAGAACCAUCUAAAAAGUAUUGCUGAAGACAUGGAAAUCCCAAAUUUAGAUAUUGAAGAAUUACUUCUAAAUGUUGAAAAUCAUAGAAAUUUAAUUGUUUUUUAAAAAUGAUUAUCAUGUUUAUGUAUUUGGUUAUUCUUAUUUACA